AUUUUUCAGUUCUGAGUACUUUGACAAUCAGGAAGUUUCCUAAGUGUGCGAGGUCUUCCUUAUCGUCCCACAUUCUGCCUUCCUCGCAAGUAUACUGGCCAUCGUUUCUCGCAGACAGGGAACAUCCAAUAGCGGGAGCGUGUCUACGUGUUUUCGCGUUCCUAGGUUUCUUCUGACAGCCCAGAGAUGAGGAAACACAGAACGUGCACUCCGAUAAUGUGCUCAGUCUGAAGAAGGACCGUGGAUAUUGACGUAGGCUGUAAACACCGACGAGGCUUCCUCCUUGGCACCUUGACCGGGCAAAACAGAGAUUGCACGGUGUAAGAAGAUGCGUUUGCAGGCCUGCCCAGGUGACCCCCGCGGCGGCGCCGCCCCAAUCUGCAAAACAACAAGAGCUUAUUUUUGCGAGUUUCCCUUCCUCGGAGUUUUCAAGCGAAGUCGGUCAUGGGAAACAAGUCCCAAUUGGCAAACGGGCUCAGGGGCACCGCUCCGAGUCGGUCAGCAGCCGACACGCGGCUGGCCGCCUAGGAUAUGUCGUGGCAUGCCUAGACCGAAACAAUGGUCUUUAUCGUCCUGCAGCAAGGACGCUAAGCAAAGCCAGACAAUCAUUUGGAAGAGAUGUGGUUUCAACACACAUGACACACAGUCGGUUUCGCAACAGGCUAGCGCGCCUGUCUCUUUUCCUGCCGUUCGUGGCAACCGAGGAAGACACAGAGAGGCUAAGGUUGUCUUACCAUUUUACUCUUUCGUCGUGUUGAUCGCUUGUGUGGUGUCCAGCGACGCUUUGUCUUUUGAAGACAACAGACCCUCACCAGUACGCCCUCUGCUGAGGCUGUCUCGUCCUUCGAUGGGUCCUGUCGGGGAGACACCACAAACACGCAGGAAGACGCUCGAGUCCUCCUUUUUGCCUGUUUCAACGUCUGGUCGACUGACUGUCCCACUCACUGCCCCAGGCGUUCGUCCUUGGAACUCUAGCGAACAGAGAGGGCGGGACACUUUUGGAGGCUCCCAAGGGGAAAAUGAACCAGUGCAUUCCUGCCGAACCUUUUUGCAUUCAGAUGAGUCUGUUUUCUCUGAAGUCCCGCCGCAUAAGGGGCAGGGGGAUGGAUAUCCCACCUCAUUGCCACUCCGGAUUCGUAGACCUGAUUACAAGGUCCUCUCGAAUAUUGAGGGAGAGGACCGAUUUUCUUUUUCUGCGUUCCGGAACUUUUUCAGGCGUCUGGUUCACAGUCUUCAAAGCCCGCGUAAGAGGGAAGAUGCAGUUAGACGACGUUCUGGGAUACUCAGUUGUCCGCCUACAGCGUCGAAAAUGAGAAUCGCUUCGCUUUCCUCUUCGAUCUUGGAGCAGAACGGCUUGGCACUGUACGCCCUUGAAUCCAUGUUCGGCUCAGCUGGGGCCCUAGGGUUCGGAGGUCCGUGUGGCCAAUGGAAGCAGCAAGGCGAACACUCUAAGGAGGAAGGCGAAGGGCCUUGUAACGAGGAGCCAUGUGACAAAGAUGGCCGGAGUGUCGCGGGCAAAUGUGCGAGGGGGAAGUCAGGAGAUACGGGACACCAAGAAAAGAGACAACAGAUACUGAAUCGAGGUUUCUUUGCAGCGUGCGGUUUUCCGGCAGAAGGUACGCACCCUUUCGGAGCCUCUCUUCUCUCUUUCCUGAAGCCUCGGAUGAUGUUGUCAGGCCCCCCUGUCGUUACCCAGCCCGGUGAAGGCGUGGCUGCCAGUUGUCAGUCGAAUUCCCGUUCCCGCCUGUCUCUGAUUCCUCGCGACUACGCCAUCAUCAAUAUUCCCGUGGAGGUCGCUCUCCAUCCUGUCGUUUUUCAAACGGUGUGUUCCUUGGCAGAGACACUGCGACGUUUUGAACGGACGCUCAUGCUAACUGCCACCACGGCUGCAACUGCGUUGGCGCUUGGAAUCGCCUUACCAAAGAUUCUUCAGAAUCGUGACGGUGGAUGGAAUGUUCAGGCGGCCACAGCUGUGGCUGUUCUGCUCCUUCCUAUGUUCGUUGCAAUGCGGUGUACCUAUGCCGCUGCCCAGUAGAGAGCCACAGAAGAACCAGACUUCAAAGGGCGGCUCUUGAAUGUUAGAAAAUGUAGCGUGUGCGUUUACUUUUAAAACAAAAUGAGACUCUGUUCAGACAGUAUCGACACACGCGUCCAUAUGCGUGGAGCCGUUUUUAAACGCUGAUGCGUGUGUUCGCCUCUGGUGUAGAAACUACCUAGACUGUGUAAGAAUGGAAAAAUAUGAAUCCGGGGAGAAUUGGCGAGCUGUCCGGGAACAUUCGAAUGCCUGGUGUUGCUCAAGAAAGUGUCCUUAUAAA